AUGGCUAGUGAAAUUCCAGCCGCACCUCUUUUCUUGACCCAGGUGUAUCAGGUCCAUUCGGACCCAGCGAAUCCUGUCUCACUAUAUACUGAAUCCGCCCGUACACCUACACCUGCCUCAACGGAUGAUGCACGCCCAUACGUUACCUUGACAUUCGCACAAUCGUUGGACGCCAAAAUUGCAGGCAUUGGCGGGAAGCAACUGGCUCUCAGUGGCAAAGAGUCUCUGGUCAUGACGCAUUGGUGGGUCAACAUCAGUCCUACUUUCGUAUGCGAAAACUCAUGCGGCGCGUUCUGCCGAAAGGUUAGGAUGAGAACCAUGCACGAUGCCAUCCUCGUCGGAAUCGGGACCGCUCUAAAUGAUGAUCCUCAGCUGAAUACGCGCCAUCUUCCGCCUUUCUCGGACGAUGCACCGCACCGCUAUCACUGUCCUAGACCAAUCAUUCUAGACACACAUUUACGUCUCUCGCCAGAUAGCAAGCUGCUUAAGAACUUCCGGGAAGGGACUGGCCGAAGACCCUGGGUCUUUUCGAUUGAGUCUUCGAUGGCAGAUCCUAUACUUUUUCACAGAGAGAGAAUCCUAGAGGACGCAGGUGCGAAAGUCAUCAAGGUUCUUGGUGUCGAUGGCUUGGUCUCCAUCCCGUCUCUGCUCGAAACGCUCCGUAGUCUCGGCGUUCGUUCUCUCAUGGUCGAGGGCGGGGCGCGUGUUAUCCAAACAUUCUUAGCUGCAAGCGAAAGGUCAAGCGAGUUGAGAACCUUUCCCAAUUGUGUCAACAUGGUUAUAGUUACAGUAGCACCCACGCUAGUGGGAAACGAGGGUGUCGGUUAUGGGCCCAACUUGCUCUCCGAGAAGCUCCCUAUCUUGCAACAUCUCAAGACGGAGUUAUGUGGCCGGGAUGUUGUUAUGGCUUUGAAAGUGGUAGGGACAUGA